GUGGGCAUCGUUGGAAUAUAAAAGCUGGCGACAACGGACGGCAUCUUCUACUCAAACAACCAAAAUACCAUAACAUUCAGCUACUUUGAGAAACAAAGCAACAAAAGCAAUCAAAUAUCAUUAUGCACGGCCAUCAUCACAACCCCAACCUUGUCAACACCAACUCGACUGCUUAUCCAACUCAAACCACCACGGCAACCGGGAUUCCAUCUACCACUCACCACCACCACACGACUCCCACAACCGCAUAUCAACCGGGUAUGAAGACCAAUAACGUGACGGCUACGAAUCAUCCCACCGCUCCCAAUUCUCACCCGAGUCGAGUUCAUGCCGCCGUGGAGAAUGCUGUGGGAUCCAUGCAGUCGUCUAUUGGUCGCAUGACCAACAAUCCAAAUACCAUUAUCAAAGGAGAAGAGAAGAAAGUAGCCGCACGCGCUGAAGCAGAUAUGGCAAAAUUGAGGCACGCCAAGAAACAGCAUGCUUCCAUGGGAAUUUAAUGUAUAAAUGUUUAGUAGUAUUGGAGUUGUAAACACAGAGUUGUAAAUAGAAAUUAUGACACAUGCUCGUUGUGAAAA